GCAAGCACACAGACCAGAGUUCCUAUGUCCCCAGUCCCUAACUGCUUCUCCUGACAGCCCACCUCCUAAAAGCUCCUCCACUCCCAGUAGCUCUCCAGGGUGGAGGCCAGCUUUAACACACAGGCCUUUGUGGAACAUGCCAUAUCUGCCCUCUAGCUCUGGGGAGAACUGAACCAGCAGGGAGUGCUCUCACUCCUUAGGUGUGUUAAGGAACAGACCACUUGGCGACCAGGAUGUGUGUGGACAGUGUAAACACAGGGAGACCUAGUGACCUCACUCUGGGCAAGUGCCGGUCCCUGAGCAGUGACUUCGUUACAAACACUCAUUCACACAGGCAGCCAUGGUCAGUGCUCCGCCAUCCACUCUCACUGACUUGCCCGGCCAUGCCCUGGACAGAGUCUGCAGUCCCUGUAGAAACAUCUGCUUCACAUUCCCCAGAGUCUAGGAAAGCAGCAGAGUUUUCAAAAUACAUACACCUUAACAUCAGGCAUUAUUCAGGGAGGAGACUGGUGCUGGUGUGGGGUUACUAUGACAACAGAUUCUGCAACAGCAAAAGAGAUGAGUCUCAACUGGAGCACAUCUUGGAGAAGUGGGUCUUGAAACCCAGGAAUAGUGUGGGGUCGGAGGAUGGGAAAUCACCAAGACCAAGAAUUAGGAAUGAGAGGUUCUCUGGCUGAAGACAAGGGAGCGAUACCACCUGGGAGACAGCGGAAGCUAAAGGAACGUCUCCAGAGAAAACGGCCACAAGACAAUUACAAACUGAAGCGGCUGCCUGUGGCCUCUGGGGGGAUGUCUGGUAACCAUACGCUUCUUGUGAACUUGGCUGUGGUGAUAGUCCGGGUUUGCCUGAGUCCAAGAAAACCCUGGUGAAUCGGGGUCAGGGAAGGGGAGAUCCCAGUCAUUUGACAGAGAAGCAAACGACCAGUCCAGUCUUUUGCCCACACUGUUGUUUGGAGGACCCACUCAGCACAUUUACGAAGCACCUUUGGCUUUGAUUAAAGGACAAGAAAACACAAAGGAAAUUAAAAAAAGUCGAGAGAAAGUGAGGCAAACCGUCAUUUUCCCCAAGUAUAAAACAAAGUACUGCUGAAUGUGGUGGUGCAUAUCUGUAAUCCCAGAAAUUAAAUAGCCGAGGCAGGAGGAUUGCUAAAAGUAAAAGGCCAGCCUGGGUCAAAUACUAUGCCACUUAGGACUACAUAGCAAGACUUUGUCUCAAAAAGCUAUAACAAAUCAAAUGCUUUUCAGAUAAUGUGCUGAAUCGGCUCAAGUAUUGGCAGCCCCUAAGAGGGACAGGCAUACAGCUUGUUUCUUUCACUCUCUGCCAUCUGGGAAAACAACUGUAAAAGUGGGCAGGCAGGUGGCACAAUUUCCGCAUGUACACAGGCACACAACACUCACACUCCAGGCUUCCCUGAACACGCCGUGGCUAUCCCUUGGCACAUGGCACAAUCAGUAAAUACCUCUGAAAUGAAUGGAUGAAUAUGACAUCUAUCCUGAUAUCCGCAUGGAAAGGAGCCAGAAACUUGACCACCAUAAAAAGAUCUAUUCCAGAGGGAUGUCAGGUGGCAUUUUCCGUGGUUGGUGUUCUGAGCAUGCGGCUCGUGAUGCUUUGUGUCUGAAGUGUAGCUACGGCACUGGCACAGCUAUGAGCAAGCCCUUUAUGAGGUCAUCAUCCUGCUCCUUCCAGAACUCCCCCGAUGGGGAGAUGUAAGCCACUUGGGGAGCUCCCAUGGCUCGCUUGACAAACUCUCUUCUGAAGAACAUUGUCAUCAGAACUCAGUUUGACAGCGUCAGGAGGAAGCAGUGUCUCCAGUAUCUGAACACUCUGAGAACUCUGCAAUAUGAUGGAUAUAAGACUGUGUAUUUUGGGGAAACUGAGAUCCCAGAAACCCUUGUCACUGGGGAAGAUUUUAGUGACAGCUAUUACAUGAACACUCCAACCUGGUGUAUUCUGCAUGCUGGAGGCAGUCAAGGGUGGGUGCCUUGGAAAUACCGGAUGUUCUUAAGAGAUGACCUGUGCAUCAAACCGGAAGACAGUCUCUUCUUUGAGUUCUGUGACGUUGUGAAGAAGGCCUAUGGGAAGUGCGCCAUUGUGGUCAAAGGACAAAGGCAACAAGACGAGAUGAAACCAAAGGCCGAUAAGGAGGGGGGCGCCCAGGCCUGUGCCCCAGCAAGCAUUAACUUAACCAGCAUCGUGUGUUCUCCGGGAGUGGCCAAGUCCUAUGGCCAUGAACUAAUCUCUCUGCCCUCCCCCUAUAACUACCUGAACCCCUUAGACUCCGCCUGGUCUUCUAUGAAGUGGUUCAUCAUCAACAACAGGAAGGAGUUUUGUCUGCAGUCUGUCGACAACGUCUACGCGUACCAGUACAUACUUUUCAGCGACUUAAUUAGCAAAGGGAUCGAAAAGGUCAGCCUGAGCAAGUGGAAGGCCCUGACCAGCAAAGUGCGGAGGUGGGAGAACCACUAUCUGGGCAAGUUUUCUUAAGGGCGUCUCCUCCAUGAAGAGACCAGCCGGAUGGCCUUUACUGCUAACUGUGGAGUUUGAUUCUGGCCCUCUGUCACCACGACACCUCAGGAGUGAACCCACAAGAAUGCUGCCUGGACUGAGAGGUUCCUGGGGGUGCUGGCAAGGUCCUGUGGUUCCUAGAGGCGCCAUUAAAGUUUGUUGAUAAUUAUAGGGGACAGUCUCAGCUCUCAUCUUGUGAUAGCUACCUUAAGGACCAUGUUCACAGGGAGGAUAGGGAAGACUCAAGCCCAGAGGACGGUAGUGGUGAGCAAAAUUAAAGGCUAUAUGGUCAAAAUUUAGGUUUAAGAAAAAAAAAGAGAACCCAGUGUGUAGUUAUUUAAAAAAAAAUAAAAACACUCAACAUUAAGGACUAAGCCAAUAAUCUUCAGUCAAAAUAAUCCAGGAAGAUCUAGCUUGCUAUGAGCAAGAGACAUGAUCAGAUGGCCAAGUAAAUGCUCUUCUUCUGUGAGGUGGUGGUGGGUGAGCAGCCUCUGCACAGGUCAAACCCCACCAUAUGUCUAAGGCAAGGGGGUGGUCCACCAGAGGGAGCCAGGGAGACACCACAUGGUCCAACAGGUCUUAGGUAAAUGGGUGGCAUGAGAGGGGGCACUAUGGAACCCACAUAUCCAACCUGCAAGAAUCCCAUCAGGAGGGUCCAAGGCUGCCAUGGUUUACCUCAGGACUCUGAGCUGAGCCUCCUGCAGUUGGUCCAACACCCUGUUCAAACUCAGGGUGCCUGCUGUGGGCCGGAAGGAUUGGUGGUUGAGUGUUCGUUACAGAAAAGGCCUGUCCCCUGUGGAACCCACCACCAAGUUCAUUCUUCUUGUUUAUGUUCAAACAAUAACUUUACAACAGAAGGAAUCACCCUGAGGUGCAUAAAAUAAUGGCCAACAUGGGAAAGUAUGGAAAGCCACGAGGCAGGAGCAAAGAGGGCGUGGGAACUCUGCUCUUUGUGUUCAGUUUUGCCGAACCUUAAAAAAAAAUGCUCUAAAGAUAGUCUAUUAAAAAAUAGCUUGUGAAAGUUUCCAGCUGACUCCCAUCAGACUUAACUGCAGAUGAAGCCAUGAAGCCAGGUUCUCGCCAGACACAGAAUGCUUCAUGGUCUUGGCUUAGCUUUAUUCUUUCUAGAACCUUCCUGUGCUAUUCAGAAAGAGGCUGUGGGGUGAAAAGAGGUGUCCAGGGCUUCAGUGUCCUUCAGUCACAAGUGGUGGGUUCAGCAGACUUUUCAAGCUGGGAAAGCGGAUCUUAACAUACAUCUUACCUAAGGGGGUCACACCCCAAACUGCCAACCAUGGGCACCUACCAAGUUCCACCUGUUGCAGAUCCAACUUUUACACUGUGCUGUAUGGGCUUCCGAUGACUGCUGUAACAAAUGACUCCAAAUCUGGUGGCUGGGAGCAGCAGCUUAAUCUUUCCUGUUCUGGGCAUAGGGAGCCAGACAUCAGUCACACUGAUCUGAAUCAAGCUAUAAAUAGCAUGGCCACACUGCUCGGGGCUCUGGGGAAGACUGCCACAGACGUCUCCACAGAUGGCUGGCUUGCCCUUUGGCUAGUGCCUUAUCACUUUUCUUCUCCCCUGGGUCAGAUCUCCCGUCUUUGUACUUAGAGUCCAUUUGACACGAUCUUCACAUCCUAACGUCCUUCACUGGACCACAUACACAAAGACUCUUUGCCACGGAAGAAGACACAGCUCUAGAAGGCAGGACCUGAAUGCUCUGGUCAACCACGGCCACGAAGCUGGCAAUGGCCCCUUACUCUGCUCCUUAAACACACCGUUUCUCUUCGGCAAUUAAGCUGCCAAACCAACUCUGUGUAGCACACUUGUGUGGUCUUUUCUCUACUUCACAAGUGCUGUGAGGUUUAAAUUCCUUGGGAGCAGUGAGCAUGACUGGUAUUUAGACUUCCUUGGUCUCUUUAGCUGUCACUGUGCAGACGCAAGUGACACACGCCUGAGUUUGGGGCUGUAAAUGGGGUUGCCCUUUGACUAUAUUGAUGAUAUUGACCUCACACUACCCAGAGUUCUAGGGUGAUAAGUGGACUCUGGUGUCAACUCUCCUCAUACUUGAUGUGUCUGUGUCUACGUGGGCCAGCUACUGCAUGCGUUAAUUCACUUCAACAUCACAGCAGAUGCAAUGGAGGGAUGACUGUGUCUACACUUUACAGAUGUGGAAACCUGGGGCACAAACCUGUGGGAGGAGCUGCUGUGCACAGAGCUAAGAUUCAUAUACAGUUCACAGUUAAGGCACUAUCACACUGCCUCGUUUACCACAUCACUACCCACAGUACCUCGUUUACCACGUCACUACCCACAAUGCCUUGUUUACCUCGUCACUACCCACACUGACUUGAUUACUACAUCACUACCCACACUACCUCUUGUCUGAGACGACCUGCCAGGAAGCUGCUAUCACUCUUCCCUUUGACAAACACGGAAGCUGAGGGGUGAGCCAAAUCCCUAAGGUAGUCAGGUCAUAAGGACAGUCUUGUCCACCGUGCUCCACUUGGAGCAUGCUCGACUCCUCAUUUACAACUUAUAAGAAAAUCAACACAGGAACCACUCAGCAUCAGCUACACACCACAACAAAACGUAUUUCAACAUAAAAUCGAGGGGAGGCAGGACACUUUUAAAGCCUCAUGAGUUUGCAGUGCAAAAUAAAUACAAACAAACAACUAAGCAAAGCAACUGCACAUCCUGUGGGUAUCAGAUGACCAGAUAAGGGCGUGGGAGUGUUUCUCAUCUACACAGCGGGCUUGGAGCUCCGUUGCUUUGAAGCUUUGUUUAAUGCUGAGAAGAGGGAGCAGAAGAGAGUUCAGCAUAACCAGUGCCCUCAGCGGGGCACCUUAAUGUGCAGUUUGGUAACGCAACCCCAGACUCACAAUUAUGAAACGUGCGUUUGUGAUACACACAGAAACGAAAGCAGAAAAUCAGAGGCCACACCCACCUUGGGACCAGGGGCCCCUGUGGGAAUCCUGAGACCUUGCCAAAGUUGCUUGGCUUCCCUGAGGCCCAAUCAACUCAUCAGGAAAAUGGGUUGAGGGCCUUAAAAUGGAGUCCUGCGUGCCGAAGCCACCACAGACGCCCAGCCCUUCCUGAGAGCUCAAAAUGAAGCCCGUGUCAUGGCUGAGGUCACAGUUAAACUAAUGUCUCUACCUUCAUUUCCUUUCUGUUAUUUGAGGAGCCAACUUUGUCCCCUGGCAUUUAUGACAAUCCCAUAGGUGAUGGGAAUCACAAGUUUAUCCUUGUGGAGGUGGGACAGGGAGGCUGGACAACACGGCCCAGGGGCUCUCUGGGAAGAGCCCAAUGAAGGUAAUAGUGGACAGCACCCCACACCAGUGCACACACUAGCACACACACCAGCACACACACCAGUGCAGGGUUGAGCCACAUCACCACAGACGUGUCCUCUAGAGUAGCAUUUGUGGUGUUGGUGGUGUUAGUCUCUCCUGAGGGUGGGCUGAUGGACAAUC